AGAGACACACACAGAGAGAGAGAGAGAGAGAGAGAGAGAGAGAGAGAGAGAGAGAGAGAGAGAGUCAGUCAGUCAGUCAGUCAGAUAGACAGAUAGACAGAGUGUGUCCCGGCUCUAUAACUUCACACUCCAGAGAGAGAGAGAGAGAGAGAGAUUGAGAUUGAGAUUAGCAUUAGCAUUAGCGUUAGCUCGGUGCUGGGAGGAGAACACACACUCACACAGUCUCUCUCUCUCUCUCACUCACACACACACACAUACACACACACACACACACACACACACACACAUACACAUACACACACUCGGAGCCAUGAUUAAACUGUUCUCUUUAAAGCAGCAGAAGAAGGAUGAGGAGUCCGCGGGGGGAAACAGAACCGGGGCCGGGGGAAAGAAAGCCAGCGCGGCCCAGCUGCGGAUACAGAAAGACAUCAAUGAGCUGAAUCUCCCGAAGACGUGCGAGAUUGUUUUUCCAGAUCAGGAUGAUCUACUGAACUUUAAACUCAUCAUUUCACCAGACGAGGGCUUCUACAAAGGUGGAAAGUUUGUCUUUAGCUUUAAAGUAGGACAGGGUUACCCUCAUGACCCUCCUAAAGUAAAGUGUGAAACGAUGGUGUAUCACCCCAACAUCGACCUGGAGGGCAACGUGUGUUUAAACAUACUGAGAGAAGACUGGAAGCCUGUGCUGACAAUUAAUUCCAUCAUAUACGGACUUCAGUAUCUGUUCUUAGAGCCGAACCCUGAGGAUCCUCUGAACAAGGAGGCGGCGGAGGUGCUGCAGUCGAACCGGCGGCUUUUCGAGCAGAACGUCCAGCGCUCGCUACGCGGAGGCUACGUGGGAGCUACCUACUUCGAGCGGUGUCUCAAAUAAUAACAGCGACGACGCUCAUCGUUUACACACGCUGAGACACUGACUGACACUCUGACCGCUGGGGGGGCGGGGUGACCUGGGGAGGGGCGGGGUUAGGUUUGGGGCUUCAAAUGAAGGUUUGAUCAGUCAGUAAUAGUUGCUUGGAGAAUUGUGUGGCAGUGAAACGCUGCUGUGAUGUUUGGUUAUUGUACACACACAUGCGCGCACACACACACACACACACACACACACACACACACACACACACACACACACACACACACACACGGUCUUGUACAUGGGGGGGACAACACCCCCUUCCUCCCUGACCAAGGUUUCGUUCCGAACUCAGAGAGCACAUCAGUGAUUGAGCUCACUCUCUCACUCACACACACACACACACACACACACACACACACACACGCGUUCAUAACGGAUUGACGGACUGACUGAGCGCAGGAUGAGAGUGGCUCUGACAGAAUGGGAGGUCAUAUGAUUGUGUUAAGUUUUUCUCCAUGUGUACCUGUUGAAGGGAGGGUGGGGUAGUGGGGGGGCAUGGGUGGGCCACAAGGGUGGCGUGGCAUGGGUGGGUGGGGGGGGGGUGUCUAGUUUUUGUGCAAAUGGUCUGAGUUUGUUCGGCGACAGAAAUCUUACAAUCCUCUUGUGUAUAUUAAAAUCCCAGCUGUUCACAAUGACUGCAAUAUGAAUUAUGUUAAAUAAAAUAUGGACUUGAA